GAGAGAGUUAUAAUAAUUCUGCUACUAGUUUUUACUUUGGAUUAAUGAGAAGUAGUGGAUGGCUUACAAUUUCAACUUUGUCUCCUCUUAACGUCACAUAUAAAAUCACUGUUGAUUCGUUCAAUUAUACUCGAAAUGGAACAGUAACAAAGAAUAACCCAGAUCCAUAUGUAUAUCUUUCUUCAAGCUUCCGUACACGUUCCAGUUCUUUUGCAGAUCGAUUUAAGGGAAUUCAUGUGACUAGUGAUCAACCGAUAAGUGUGUCAUUUUUCUUUUUUUUAUUUGAGUAUCUUGUUUUACCAUAUCAUGAGUACCCAGGAGUCAGUCAGUAUGAAUAUUAUGCUGUUUCUACUAGUAGUUACCGUAACACAUCUCUUAGUCAAGUUCUUCUUGUUGGUUGUGUUAAUAAUACUGUCAUUAGUAUUAUACCAACAGUUGAUCUCUUCAUUCCUAUUGAUGUACAGAAGAAUGGCAGUGAUGAUAUAUUAGUAACUAAAGGUAACUCUCAUACUAUUACACUACAUGAGGGACAGACUCUAUUGCUGGGUAAAGGGAAUGGAAGUGAUAUAUCAGGAACUCACUUUAUUUCUAAUAAACCAUUGACUGUUAUUACUGGUCAUGAGUGUGGUGGCACUCCUAAUAUGAUAGAACGCUUUUACUGUAAUGAGAUGCAGUUGCAAGUUCCUCCAACAAUAACUUGGGGUAAAAGAUUCAUUCUGACACACUUUAUUAAUCUACAUGACAGAUCACUAUAUUCUUCUUAUAUAAAGACAGUCACUUCACAAACCAAUACUAGUAUAACAAUAUACUGUAAUGGAGCCACUAACACUACAAGGUAUUCUACUAAUGAUGCAGUUGGUACUUAUCAGUAUAACAUAACUGAAUAUUGCUAUGUGGAAGCUGAUAAACCAAUAUUUGUUGCCCUUUUCCGUCACUCAUAUUUCUAUUAUUAUACUACAAUACUAUUGAUACCACCAAUGGAACAAUAUCUAGAAAAAAUUGAGUUUGGUCUUUAUUCCUAUUAUUCUCGCUAUUCAAAGCUUGUUAUUACAGCAUCAAUUGAAGGAUUCUCUCCUACAGCUAUUCUACAUAAUGGACUAGCAACAGUAAACUGGACAGCAAUAUAUGAUUCCAAAAGAAAUAUUGUAGCAUAUGGAACUGAAAUUGAAAUUAGUCAAACUAGUAAUCAUUCAGUAGUUCAUACUGGUAGAAAUGGAAAAUUAUCAGUUCAAAUCCAGAAUCAUGGCGAUUUUUUUACUUUGGAUCUAAUGAAUAUUCAGCAGUAG